GCCCCCCCCCCCCACCUCUCGCGCAGGCGCAGUGCUCUGUCUUUCCCUUUCCCCUCUCGGUGGCCACCAUGGCGGACGACAAGACGCAGAAGAAGGUGCCAUCUGUCCCCGAAAGCCUUUUGAAAAGGCGCAAGGCGUUUGCGCUGAUGAAGGCCAAGCGCAUCAAGCGUUUGUUGGCCGCAAAGAAGUUAAACAGAGAGAAGAGAAAACUUAUCUACAAGAGGGCUGAAAGUUACCACAAGGAGUACACACAAAUGUACAAGCGUGAGAUCCGUUUUUCCAGAAUGGCUCGCAAAGUUAACAACUUCUAUGUCCCCGCUGAACCCAGACUGGCUUUUGUGAUCCGGAUUAGGGGCAUCAACGGUGUCGGUCCUAAAGUUCGCAAGGUGCUUCAACUCCUAAGACUGCGUCAGAUCUUCAACGGCGUGUUUGUCAAAUUGAACAAGGCUUCCAUCAACAUGCUUCGAAUUGCAGAGCCCUACAUUGCAUGGGGGUAUCCAAAUCUGAAGUCUACACGUGAAUUGAUCUACAAACGUGGUUUUGGCAAGAUCAAGCAUCAGCGCAUUGCUUUGACUGACAACGCCCUGAUCGAGAAGCAGCUCAAGAAGUACGGCAUCAUCUGCGUUGAGGAUCUGAUCCAUGAGAUCUACACAGUCGGCAAGAACUUCAAGGCAGCAAACAACUUCUUGUGGCCCUUCAAAUUGUCCUCCCCACGUGGUGGCAUGAACAAGAAGACUACACACUUUGUUGAGGGUGGUGAUGCUGGUAAUAGGGAAGACCAGAUCAACAGAAUGAUCAGGAAAAUGAACUAAAAGUGUGCCACAGAUGAACUUCUUACUGUGUUCUGUUAAAUAAAGUUGUUUACAGAAAA